CUAGAAAUCGAAAUUUUAAAUUGUUUGUUGUUGCACCAUGGCCUGCAAUCCACAAGCAGCCAAAGCUGCCACCCAGGGUCUUGUGGCCGCACACGCCAGCAGCGUCGCGUAUGUGCAGUGCCAGAAUCUCAAGUACAACGCCAUCAUCAUAGGCUGGCUGGGCGUCAUCAUAUCGAGCGUGAUGAUCUUCAGUUCCAUGGUGCUCGUCAAUAUGCAGGCCGAUGUCGAAGUGUUGGUCAAGCAAAUCCUGCUACAGCAGGCAAACGAUAAGGAAAUACAGCUGUUAAUGAAUCUACUGGCUGCUUUCAGCACAGUUGCCUACGGCAUGUCCUUGAUUAACCUGGGCGUCAGCCUCCUCCUGUUGAUUGGUGUGGCUCGGGACUCGAGCGGCCCGUUGUAUCCUUGGUUGAUUUUCCAUGGCGUUGUGUUUGGCUUUAGCCUCUACAUAGGCAUAUUCUACGCCCUGGCUGGCUUAUUUAUAGACCUGUCUAGUUUCUUAAUGUGCUUGUUGGUCUUUACGCUUGUGUUGGUGCUCUAUUAUAAAAUCUAUCAUGAGGUCUUUACUCUGUUCCGCGUCAUGCAAGAGCAGAAUUUACGCAAUGCAAAGUUCUGUCAGGAUGCUGAGCACGUCUUUGCCUCUGGCGUUCCAUAUUCGCCCUUAUAUAUGCCCCCGUUUCCAUUCAAGCCAUAAAUACAUACUAAUACUUAGGUAGUAGCUGCAGCCUCAAUUUUUCGUUUUACAUGUUAACUAAAUGUCUGGUCUAAAAUAUAAUAAACAUCGAUUGGAUUUUGUUUUA